AUGUUAAUCAAUGGACAGCGCAUGCGUUCAACACUUAUGUUUCAAAUCAAAUUGCAAUCAAAUCAACACGUGCAACACGUGAUCACAUUUUUGACCAACGAUUUAGUAAUAAGUGUAUCGCGCGGUCCGCUAAUAGUCUGGUCACAAGUUAUAUCUCGGCUGAAGGACAAGAAGAAGAAGGAUAAGACGGAUAAGUGUUUUGAAAAGUCGCCGAUCGAUGGCAGCUAUCACUGCACUGACUGUCACUAUCGGACUACUUGUCCGCAUCGGAUGACCUCUCAUAUGAUCUGUCACACCGAUCGGCGACCAUUCAAAUGUCAUUACUAUGACUGCGAUCUAUCAUUCAAACGGAUCAGUUCACUGAAACGACACGUCAAGACAUUGCAUCUGAAGGAACGGCUUUACGAGUGUCGGGUUUGUGGCAAACGAUACGCACAGUCGCAGUCACUGAAAGAUCACUCAUUUGUUCACUUGUCGGUCAAAUCAUUCAAAUGUGAUAUCAAUGGUUGUGAUAAAUGGUUUCAAACACCCAAAUAUUUGCGAUCACAUAAAAUUCGUGGUCAUUCAGUAAAGAUCAACGACAAUAAAACUGUGGACUAUAUUCCCGAUACAGUAACUAAUGACAAACAAACGCACGGAACAGAUGCAGACAUUGAAAACAAAUUACAAGAAAAUGUAGUAAAGAUUGAAACGAAUCCGAUUAUUGACCAGAAAUCGACACCAGAAUUGAGUGAUACCGUGAAUGUUGACAUAAAUAGUAAAUUAUUGACAAUAGUUAACCACAAAUGUGUUAUCAAAGGUUGCGGCAAAACAUUUCAUUUAUAUCGUUCGUUAAGAAGUCAUUACAAAUACACACACAGCGAUCAAUACGAUAAUAGUAGCAAAACUGUCCAUUUGUUGGCCACCGAUGACAAUAACAGCGAUAACAAUACCAUUGAUUUUUAUUUUGAUUAA